CAAAACUGCAUGAAUAUCCAUAGUUAAUCAAGAAGAAUGUUUUCCAGACUACACUUGAUGUCUCUUAAAAUGGUUCAAGUUGCUCUGUCAGUUCUGCUGCUUACAGGUGUAUUGGGAGCACCGUUUGUGUCUGAAGAAGAAGCAAAUGAGUUUAUACGACUUAAAAGACAAACACCAUAUUCUCAGAAUUAUUGGGAUCCAAGCAACAGCCAGAAUGCAUGGGGUUACUCUCUGGCUGAACAGGUUAGUGAAUUAUGGACGGCUUUGAGAACCAAAACACAAUACUACAUGGACUUGGGAUCUUUUGCCUUUGAUCCUGCCACUGCGCGGGACCACAUUAGGUCUUACAUGAAUAUGUUACAGCAAUCUGGGGCUCACCUCCAGCAGCAGAUAAGAAAACACAACUAAAUCUAAGAAGUUUCAUGUAUCUGCCAAUGUACUGUAUGGGGGGAUCUUUAUCCAGGAGUUACACUUUUAGCUAUUUGCCACAACCACAUUUACUUUGUCCUGUACCUUAUUAAGACAUCUAAAGCUGGAACACACACAGUAGCCCCACAAAGUCAAUAGUUUGUAUUCAUCAAGUAAAAAAUGUAAUGUUAAAUCAUGCUAAAUUGAACAAAAUGUGAAGAUGACACAGCACCCAUAGUGUUUUUUAGUAGGACAGGUUAAAAAAUUGUUGUUUUUUUCUUUUCUUUUUUGACUAAAUGGAUUCCCCCUCUUCCCACUCCCACAAAAUAGUCCAUUUAAAUAAAUGUUGCAGUUCUGGCAAGUGAAAACUGGAUGUUUUUCACUUCUUUAACUAAAGACUUUGGCAUUUUUAGUUACUGAAAACUGAAAUUUUGGGGUUCAAUUUUUUUUGCUAAACCCAAAUUUCAAAGGAAAUUUUUAAAAAGAAACACUCUCUCCCUCCUCCUUUCGGUGGGGGUGUGUGUAUGAGGGUAGUGAAAAUCACGUCAGCUCUAGUUUUCACUGUAGGAAGCAAGAACUUUUAAUAUUGUGACCAAUACAUUAGGUGAUUUAGAAUACUGUUUCCACUUCACUACCUCCCAAACUUUGCUUUCAGCAUUGAAAGUGUUGGUCUUGAGCUCUAACGUCCAAAAUGGUUGAAGUCCUGAUGACCUGAGCAAGCUGCUCUCUCCUUACAGCACAUCAAUUGUCAUCAGUGAAGACACUUAUUGGAAGCACCCUGUUUAACAUGGACUAGUGACAAGGCAUUUUCCAUCACAGGUCUCAAAUUCUCUCUUCAUUCGAUCAUUCAAAAAUACUUGACUAUCAGGACACGUAUUGUCUCAGGCUUUUUGGCUGCAGGCCUCUCGAAGAAUAGCAUAGGUGAAGGAGGGUGGUUUUAUUGUGAUACUUUAGUUUUCCUCCUUGGAUUAAUAAAGUAGAUCAUAUGUAUUGGGGAUUUUCCUAUAGGUACAAGUACCCAGAGCUACUGUGAAGUGAUUGCAAACUCUAAAGAAAACAUUAAAUCUUUUGAAGCUGAAAGACUGUUUUAGCAUUUCUGCAUUUCCUAUUGCAUUACUGUCUGAGUCAUAUUUUUUUUUAAUGUAAAACUAAUUAUAAACUGCUUCUGUUUUCCCACUGGAAGAUCUUGAUCUUCUCAGUUGGACAUAUUUUAUUAGACUGGAACUGAAAACACACAUCUGAUUCUUUUAUCACUUACAAUACCAUGACUUAAUUCAUACUAUUAAUCAUCAGUACAACAUUUCAUCCAUUCUAAUGAAAAGGCCAAGAAAUAAACACCAGUAGAGAAAAACCAAAGAACAAUUACAUUCAUUAGUCUCUCAUAGGUGAUCUGGUUAUUGUAUGCUUUCUCUCCUGCCUCCUCCUCUUGGCCACUGAUCUAGGCAGUAGCCCCCAGAACUGUUGACUUGAUGGGCCAGUGGGGGUAACUAUUUCGGCCCACUACCAUCCAUGCUUUCUUCAGUAACAAAGGUAGGCAUUAAAACAACAACUGAAGUUCUUUAGUUCCUAACACAUGGCAGGAGUCUCAGGGUAAGCACAGUCUUUGCAUUUAAGGCUAGGAUAGUCACCUAGGGUUGGUAGGUGUUAUAUGGCCACAACUAUGAGAAUAUGUUGGGGGGGAAAAGUCUCUCCCAAGCCACGCUAAGGCAGUCAUGCAUAAAUUCAAUUUCAACACAAAUGGAAUUGAUAGCUGAACUUGACUUUUUGCUUCUACAUGGUCAUGAACUACAUACAGCAGGCUUCAUUUUCAUGCAUUUAUUUUACAUAUACCAUUCAGUGUCCCUAUCUUGAUCCAAAAUGUCUGUGACAAGAUACUCAUUUAAAGAAUAUAUCUCAUGCUAUUAACCACAAUGACAGUGACAGCAAGAGUGAACUAUAUUUAAAGCAAUUUAAUAGUGGCUGGUUAAAUAUACUAGUCGGGGUAUUGCCAGAACCACUCCAAUUAGAGACAAAAAUAAGUUUAGCAAUUACAUCACAAAUUGGAAGUGUCUAGGCUGGCAGCUCAAAUAAAAAGAUGUAAUUAUCUACAUUUGAAAUAUGUUCAUCCAUCAUGAAGAGAAACUGGCAUUCUUCGUGUACAAUUAGAAUCUUGAAAACAAAUUACAGUAAUUACUUCCCUCAGAUUAUGGAAGACAUCUCUAUUUCAACAACAUACAGUGAAAUAGAGAGUAGCUUGCAUAGGGAGAUCUAUCAUGAAGAACUAGCUGGUGCAAAAAGGGGUUGUGGUGUGGUGAUGCAAUAGGUGUCACUCUUCCCUUUGGGUCAAGGCUAAAUCAGUGUACCACCAUGGUGUUAGAAGGGCCCUGUGCUGCUAGAUGAGCCAUUUUUCAGAUAAUAGCAAAAAUAUUUACUUAACUUGAACUUUCGCUCUCAAUGUAUUUCCUUUACAGAUCCACACAGAGAUUAGGUUUUAUGUCAAGCAAUUAGCUGUAGAAGGAGUCUGAAUGUGCUCCUUAUUUCAGCAUUCCAGAACCAAGGACAUACCUGAUUCCUUCCCUAAUAUGAAUUACAAGAAACCCAUCCUGGAGACACACUUCCUAUUCAGCCACUUACUUCUGGCUCGGAGACAGGAUUUCAUUGAUGAUCUCACUCCAGUUGCCAGUAGUCCCGACUCUGGCAGUCUCAGCAAAGGUCGAAUGAGCAUGUGAGCUUCCCUCCUAACCCAUACAUCUGAUCUCUCCAAAUCAUGACUGGCCAGGGUGGCCAGACAGCAAGUGUGAAAAAUCGGGACGGGGUGGGGGGUAAUAGGAGCCUAUAUAAGAAAAAGACCCCAAAAUCGUGACUGUCCCUAUAAAAUCGGGACAUCUGUUCACCCUAUGACUGGCUUUGUGGACAGCCAAUUAGUGGGAUCUAGCAUAAGGAAGGCUACAAUUGUGCUUGCUAUUGCUGUCAAUAUUACAGUACCAACUAACGCCCGAUCUGUUGCAAUGCCUUGUACAGUGUAAGAGUCACACAGCUUAUAAUAUAAUUUAUAAACAUGAGUGUGACACAUAAACGAUCUGAGAGAACAGGAUGAGAUUGAACAGUGAUAGGAAAAAGGAGAUUGUGCACAUUGGUAGUCUAUUAGCUGGUUUCUAUUGGUAACCAUUGCCAUGUAAAUUAUUGAAAUUGCCACUUGCUGUUCUAGAACAAAAAUGUAUAAU